UAAUAAAUUGUUUAUUUUAAUUUAGUACGAGGAUACAGAAGAAGUAGUAUUAUGGAUGAACACGGUCGGACCAUAUCAUAAUCGUCAAGAAACCUACGCCUAUUUCUCCCUGCCAUUUUGCAAAGGACCGAAAGAUUCGAUCAACCACUACCAUGAAACCCUGAGUGAGGCUUUACAAGGCGUCGAAUUGGAAAUAAGUGGCUUAGACAUUCAAUUCAAAGUCGACGUUCCAAAGGCAAAAUACUGCGAGGUUCAACUAAAUGAAGAAAAAUACAAAGCGCUCGUCUACGCCGUUAAAAACCAUUACUGGUAUCAAAUGUAUUUGGACGAUUUGCCAAUAUGGGGAAUUGUGGGCGAAGUGGUCGAUUCGAAUUACUAUGUAUGGACGCAUAAGAAAUUCGAAAUCGGACGGAACGGGAAUCAAAUUGUCGAUGUAAACAUAACAUCUGAGGAUAAAGUUGCGUUAAAGAAAGGCGGAAAAUUAACGUUUACGUAUGAAGUGAUAUGGAAAUCGUCUAAUGUGAAAUUUGGGGAUCGUUUCGAUAAAUAUUUGGAUCCAAGUUUUUUCCAACAUCGUAUUCAUUGGUUUAGUAUUUUUAAUAGUUUUAUGAUGGUGAUUUUCCUCGUUGGAUUAGUUUCAAUGAUUUUAAUGAGAACCUUAAGAAAAGAUUAUGCCCGUUAUAGUAAGGACGAAGAAUUGGAUGACAUGGAACGUGAUUUAGGGGAUGAAUAUGGAUGGAAACAAGUACAUGGGGACGUUUUUCGUCCUGCAACUCACUCGUUAUUAUUUUCCGCGUUAAUUGGAUCCGGUUAUCAAUUAACAACCGUCGCUUUAAGCGUUAUUAUAUUCGCGAUUUUAGGUGAAUUAUACACUGAACGCGGUUCGUUACUUUCAACAGCAAUUUUUGUUUACGCUGCAACCUCGCCUGUUAACGGUUACUUUGGUGGAUCUCUUUAUGCUCGGAUGGGUGGAAAAUUAUGGAUAAGACAAAUGUUUGCUUCAGCAUUUUUAUUACCCGCUUUGUUAUGCGGUACAGCUUUUUGUAUCAAUUUCAUCGCGAUUUAUUACCACGCUUCAAGAGCUAUACCUUUCGGUACAAUGGUAGCUGUGACUUGUAUUUGUCUAUUUGUUAUUUUACCUUUAACGUUAGUUGGUACCGUUUUGGGUCGUAAUUUAGCUGGGCAACCGGAUCAUCCGUGCCGAAUUAACGCAGUACCUCGACCGAUACCCGAGAAAAAAUGGUUUAUGGAACCAGGCGUCAUAAUUCUUUUAGGUGGUGUGCUACCAUUUGCGAGUAUCUUCAUCGAAAUGUACUUUAUUUUUACAUCAUUCUGGGCGUAUAAGAUUUACUACGUUUAUGGUUUUAUGUUAUUGGUAUUAAUCAUUCUCUUAAUUGUUGUUGUAUGCGUGACUAUCGUUUGUAGUUACUUUUUAUUGAAUGCGGAAGAUUAUCGUUGGCAAUGGACGUCGUUUCUUUCUGCUGGGUCAACAGCCGCUUACGUUUACAUGUAUUCGGUGUACUAUUUCUUUUUCAAAACGAAAAUGUACGGCUUAUUUCAAACGUCGUUCUAUUUCGGUUAUAUGGCGGUCUUUAGUAUCGGUUUAGGAAUAAUGUGCGGUACCGUGGGUUAUGUAGGAACAUCAAUGUUUGUGAGAAAGAUUUAUUCGACCGUUAAAAUAGACUAAGCGAGUCCGAGUGUGUUUUAGUAUAAUAAUGAGAAGUAAUGCGCCAGUGAUUCAAGUUUCGAAGCUGUGUACUUUAUAUUUGAUUUCAAGUUGAUGUCGAUGUCUAUCAAAAAGACUAGAUUUACAACAAUUUUCUUUUUCUUGAGGCGACCUUUUACUUUUAUAUUUGUAAAUAAGUUAUUUUUUAUUUAACGUUGUAUUAAUAAUUAUUAUUAAAACCGUUUUUUCUUUUAGAUGAAAUGUUAUUCAGUAGAUAAGUGACUUUUCUUUCUGUGUUAUUUCAUCAAGACCCGACGAUUGUAACGUUUAAAAAAAGAAACGGUUUUUGUGGAUUUAUAAAAAUAUAUUGAAAUUUGUCUUUAUCGUUUUUUUUUCUGUUUUAUUUUUCUUAUUUAUUAUCGACAAGGUGAAAAAGACGAAAAGAAGUAAAUUUAAUUUGACCGUAAACUUAAACAUGUUUUAUGAAGUGUAUAGUUAUCCACUUUGAGUGGAUUCUUUAUUUACAUAAUAAAUAUAAUUAAAUAAUUUUUAA